AUGGCUUCCAAGAUUGUCGUCAUUGGAGGUGUCAACUGUGAGCUCCAAGACGUCUUUACCAAACUUGCGAAGCUGCAUGUCAAGCAGAAUUUCUCCUUCGCCAUCAUCGUUGGAGACCUCUUCGGCGAUUGCUCGACGGAGCAUGAGUUGGAGCAAAUAUCCGCCCUGCUCUCAGGCAGCAUCGCCGUACCUCUUCCAACCUACUUCUCCCUGGGCAGCCGGCCACUCCCCACGCGAGUGAUCGAGGCGAUCGAGGCCAACGAUGAAGUCUGCCCUAACCUGUACUUCCUGGGCCGCCGCGGCACCCUGAAGACCGCCGAGGGCAUCCGCAUCGUCACCCUUGGGGGCAAGCUCUUGACAGACAACCAGGCCUCCUCCGACAAGUACCAGCCCAGCUACACCGAAUCCGACGCUCGCACCCUCCACGGCGCACACUCCGCCGACAUCCUCAUCACCAACCAAUGGCCCAAGGGGAUCCGCACGGGCUCCAAGGCACCCUUCCCCGAAGAAGCCACGACGACGACGCCCCCGGAAGAAGUCCAAUGUAUCUCCGACCUCUGCUCGACGCUCAAACCGCGCUACCACCUCACCUCCACGCCGGACUUCUUCUUCGAGCGCGAACCCUUCUUCCACCUCCCCACCUCCGAGGACGACAACCCCGACACCAAGCCACUAACCCGCUUCAUCAGCCUCGCCUCCUACCGCAAGGCCAGCAAACAGAAAUGGAUGUACGCCUUCACGCUGGAUCCGAAAGCCGCCGCGCCGCUGACCAUCCCCGCCGGCGCAACCGCCUCCCCCUUCCCCGCACCAGCCGACCUCAAACGCAAGCCCCUCGACAGCCAACAAGACAGCUUCCAGCGCUUCGACCAAAGCCACCAGCAUCACGAGCACCGGCCCCGGAAACGGGCCCGCAACAACGGCGGCCUGCCACCCCCCGGCCCCGACCAAUGCUUCUUCUGCCUGUCCAACCCCAACAUCGCGACCCACCUCAUCACCUCCAUCGGCGAGGAGAGCUACCUCACGACCGCCAAGGGCCCGCUCCCCACCGCCCGCACCUUCGCCCGCCACGAGCUCAACUUCCCCGGCCACAUGCUCAUCAUCCCCUUCACACACACCCCGACCCUACCCGCCAUCACCGACGAACCCUCCCGCCGCGCCACCUACGCCGAGAUGACCCGCUACCGCACCGCCCUGCACGCCAUGCUCCAGCGCCGCGCCGCCGGCGGCCUCGGCGCCGUCACCUGGGAGGUCAGCCGCGGGAACGGCAUCCACGUGCACUGGCAGUUCCUGCCCGUGCCGGCGGCCCUCGUCCAGCGGGGCCUCGUCGAGGCCGCCUUCAAGGUCGAGGCCGAGAACCUCAAAUACCCGCGCUUCGAGGCCCCCACCGCCACCGCGGACCCCAGCAGCGAACCCGGGGACUAUUUCCGGGUCUGGAUCUGGAGUCCCUCUCCCGCUGACUCCGAUACUAACACCGACACCAACACAAACACAAACAGCCCUACAAGAACAGCAGCAGAAACAGAACCCCACGAAACAACCACCACAGCCACAGCCCCCGGCACCGGCACCGGCACCGACAAAACCAUCCUCCUCCCCCUCGGCCCGGAGUUCCGGUUCGACCUCCAAUUCGGACGCCGGGUCAUGGCCAAGCUAAUGGAAUUGGAGAAGCGAAUCGACUGGCGCAAGGACGUCCAGUCGCAGGAGCAGGAGGAGGCGGAUGCGGUGGCCUUCAAGGAGGCGUUUAAGGAGUUUGAUUUCACCUUAUAAAGAAACGAGAGGUUUUCAGGAUUGGGAAGCGAAAACUGAAGUACCUUGGCUUUGAUUCUACUAUCUGGGGGUAUCUCGCGCAAGAUAGAAUUGUAUUUUGAUGGGGUUUGUCCCAAUACGAUACCCAGCCGAUUCUUUGCGGAUGGGGUUUUGGUCUGCAG